CUCAGUUUAAUAGUGACACACGUUUGUGAAGCGCGGAGUCUUUAUUUCAUUCUAUUUUAGAGCGUUCGCGCCUUCUUUCAUCUAAAAUAUUUGUAAAAAAAACUAUGCAAAAAUCAGUGAGAAAAUAUCGUAUGAAUAACCCCGAAAAUCCAAAAAGUUCUUUUGAGGACCUACAAAAGUUCGGUAGAUUUCAAUUUCUACAGUACUUCCUAAUAUGUUUACCACUAGUGAUGGUUGCUAUGUUGCAACUAAAUUAUAUUUUUGUGGCCGAGGAUGUCAAUCACAGAUGCCGGAUCCCAGAAUGCGAUAGUUUUGAUGCCACAUUCGACACCCCGGAGUACUGGCCGAAAGACAUAAACGCCAGAUGUUUUCGGCCAGUGUUGAUAGAGGGAUUUGAAAAUGGAACGUGUUCGAACGAAACCUUCACUGGUAUGGUGGAAACCUGUGAUGAGUGGAUCUAAGUAUGAACACAAUAAUUCGAUUGUGUCUGAGCUAAACCUCGGCUGUGAGUCAUGGAAGCCCAUGCUGGUGGGCAGCAUUCACAACGCUGGGAUGGUGUUCUCUAUGUCCAUCGCUGGUUGGAUCGCAGACAGAUUCGGCAGAAAGCUAUCAAUGAUACUCUGUUCUGUAGGCGGAGCUGUAGGCCUAUUCAAGAUAUUCCUCACCAACUACUACGGUUACCUGGCUCUUGAGUUCUUGGAGACAGUGCUGGCUUCGGGAUUGUAUACCGUUGGUAUAGUUAUAAUGAUAGAAGUUGGUGGUGAAUCCAAGAGAGUAUCAACCGGCGUCAUAUUUUGUUACGCCUUCUACGUCGGAGAAGUGUUAUUUGCUAUCAUAGCCAUGGGGCUGAAGUAUUGGAAGUACAUCAUCAUGAUGGUAUACGCACCGAUGAUCCUCUUCCUAUUCUACGUGUUCAUAUUAAGAGAGAGCAUACGGUGGCAGAUCAUCAACGAUAGAAUAACAGAAGUGAAAGAAACUCUCAAGAUCAUCGCUAAAAUGAACAACUUAAGUGUGACAGAGAAGGAAAUAACUGAAAUCACGCCGGAAGAACUGACGAACAAAUUCAACGCUGUGGUACAGAAAGAGUCGGAAAACUACAAACAUAUUAUAGCGUCGAAAGAGAUGCUUAUACGUUUAGCGGUUUCGUCCUUCUGUUUUUUUACGUCAGGACUAACUUACUAUGGGAUGGCUGUCCAUUCGGUGUUACUACCAGGGAAUAAAUAUGUGAACUUUAUUUUGGCAGCCCUAGUAUCGUUUCCAAGUGAUCUCGUUGCUUUGUUCCUAAUGAAGAGGUUUGGAAGGAAAAGGACUUUGCAGUGUGGUUACGUCUGCUUAAGCGUGUUCCUCGUAGCGUCAUCAUUUUCGCCUGAAAACAUGUCCCUACUCAAGAUAAUACUGUUCCUGUUCGGCAAGCUGGGCACGGUGGUGUGCUUCACGUCGAUGUACACGUACGGCCUUGAGCUGUUCCCCACCAGCGUGAGGGGGACGCUCUUCGGCACUGGCAACACCGCCGCUAGGGUCGGCAGUAUGAUAGCGCCGCUGACUUUGCUGCUGACAACCACCUCAGCAGCUCUCCCAGCGAUCAUCUUCAGUUUCUGCGCGCUAGUCUCCGCCUUCCUCCUCAUGUUCACACCAGAGACCAAGACGAUGCCGAUGUUCGACACCAUCGCCCAAGUCGACCACUACAUGAGGAAGAGUGAUGUCACGGGAACAGACAACAUUAGCUUUCAAAUUACUGAAAAUACAUAGAAAAUUUAUUAUA